CACGCUUAUCAUGCUGAUUUAAUUCAACAUUUACGUGAAAGUGACGCCAAAUAUAGAAUUACGUUUAUUGCUUGGUUGAAAACACAGUUAAACGAAAAUCCUUAUGUUUUAAAUUACAUUCUUUGGACAGACAAAUCGAAGUUUACAAAUAAUGGAGUUUUAAGUAAACAGAAUCAUCGCUAUUGGAAUGACAAAAAACCUCAGUGGACAUUUGAGACAAACAAUCAAACUGUAUGGGGGACGAAUGUAUGGUGUGGUUUAAUAAAUGGUAAACUAUUAGGGCCAUACUUCUACGAUAGCACUCUUAAUGGAAGACGAUAUAACGAUUUCUUACUUAAUGAGCUUCCUAAUAUGUUAGAUGACCUUUCACUAGACAUAAGAGCAAAUUUAAUAUUCCAACAAGACGGAGCUCCAGCUUAUAAUGCAAAUAUUGUUCGCAAUUACCUCAAUGAAUAUUUUCCAAAUCGGUAG